AUGGAUUACAUAUCCCCUGAGAGAAGUCUGGAUGGGACUUGUGGAGACCCUGGUCCUUUAUUUGGAGAUCAAGAUGGUUGCUUGUUGGAGCACAUGGAUUAUCAUGGUGAAGGAAUUACACAACCUGAAUCCCCACCACUGAAUGAUGGACUUUUAGUUGACGCAGCCGAUCAAAUUUCAUAUUUGUCUGCAGAUUCUGUACCCUAUAUGAAUGAUCAGAUCAUGUGCAAUACAAUGAAAUCUGCUUCGACUAGUCCAGCAUCUCCCCUGAAGCAAGACGAGGAACAUCAUGUGCAUAUAGAAUCUGAUAUGCAAAACGAUGCAGCUGAACGGAAAGUUCACCAUAAUGAUGACUGUGAAGUACGUACCACUUCUCGGGGUUAUGAUGUGCAUCAGAAUACAGAAGUGGUUGAAGGUGUGCUUCCUCCAGAGCUUCAUGAAAGCAGUGGUAAUGAUAUAUCAAACUUUGAACAAGAAACUACACAUUUUGAUGCCUAUCUUGGUGACUCUAUGUUAGCUGAUAAUAGCAGUAGGGAUUAUCAAUUUAGCAAUAGCGGUGAUGAUGAUGAUGAAAUUCCAAACUCUUCUGCGCCUCAGAUGGGAAAUAAGGACAACAGAAAGUUACAUGAGACUUUUCACAAUGAAGUGAAUGGGGCAGAUGAUGAUCAAAUGAAUGGUGGGAAUUCUAAUCCUCAUGAUGAACAUGACAAUGAGAACUUCAACUCUGCAACUGCACCUUCCUAUUUGGAUGGGAUGGAGCAGGAAGAUCCUGGUACCGAGAAUGGCAUUUCCACGCCUGGCAAUCAGUGGGAUUCUCCACCUGAAAGGUCUGCAGGACUAGAGAAGGGCACACCAUCACCAGCCAGGAGGGUCUCACUUUCAGUAGAAAGGUCACCUCAUGCUCAUUCAUCUGAGAAACUGGACUCACCACAUCAUGCAAAAGAGGGUGAUAAUUUGGCUGACUCUCGAAGCCCACCAGCAAGACAUCGGUCCCGAUCUCCUGGAUCUCCUGAAAACCAUGACACCAACCGUAGAAGAGCUCCCUCACAUGAGUUGUCUCCACAUGCACGGGAUAACUCUCCAGAAAGAAAAGCACAAUCUUGGCGUGGAGAUGGGUCACCGCGCCGAAGAUCUACAUCCCCUGGAAGAAGAGAUGGGUCACCACAGCGAAGAUCAGCUUCCCCUAAAAGAAGAGAUGGGUCACCGCGACAAAGAUCAGCUUCCCCUAGAAGAAGACAUGGUUCACCACGCCGAAGAUCUGCAUCCCCUAAAAGAAGAGAUGGGUCACCUCGCAGAAGAUCUCCAUCCCCCAAAAGAAGACACGGGUCACCACGACGAAGAUCUCCAUCCCCUAAAAGGAGGAAUGGGUCACCACGGCGAAGAUCUCCAUCCCCUAAAAGGAGGCAUGGGUCACCACGGCGAAGAUCUCCAUCUCCUAAAAGAAGAGCCUCACCCAAGAGGAGGGGUUCACCAAGGAGGAGGGAUUCCCCAACAAGGAGGGAUUCCUCUCCAAGAAGGAGAGACUCACCAAGAAAGAGAGAUUCCUCAGCAAGGAGGAGGGAUUCCCCAACAAGGAGGGAUUCCUCUCCAAGAAGGAGAGACUCACCAAGAAAGAGAGAUUCCUCUCCAAGGAGGAGGGAAUCCCCAACAAGAAAGAGGGACUCCCCAACAAGGAAGAGAGAUAGAUCAAAAUCAAGGUCACCAUCAAGGAAAACUGAUUCCUCUAGACAUAAAAGGGAGCAUGGUAGAUCUCGAUCAGGGUCUCCACACUCUAGGAAUCACCAUAGAAGAUCUCCAAGAAGAAGGCAUUCACCAAGGCACAGAUCACCUCCAGCAAGGCAUCAUUCUCCUAAAAGAUGUUGGUCACCACCUGCCAACAGGAAGACUGGAUUGGGUAAGCCUGGGCGGAAUCUGUUUGUUGCAGGUUUUAGCUAUGCCACCACAGAGCGAGAGUUGGAGAAGAAAUUUGCAAAGUUUGGACGUGUAACAAGGGUGCGGGUUGUCCGAGAUAAACGAACUGGAGAUUCUCGAGGCUUUGGAUUUUUAUCCCUGGAGAAGGAUGAGGACGCUGAUGCAGCAAUCCGAGCUUGCGACGAGACUGAGUGGAAUGGUAGGAUCAUUCUUGUGGAGAAGUCCAAGGCACCUGCAUGGACCCUGCUGCUGAUAAAGAGGGAGUUAGCGGUACACAUUGUAAUAUCUGCAACCUCUACUACACAUUCAUGA